CCGCCGCUAUGGGAUGCGCUCACAGCAAGAUCCUUCCCGACUGCCCCAAGGGAGGCCACGUGGACUUCGUGAAGACGGCGACGAGCGGCGUCGAGAAGCAGCGCAGCAAGGAGGGCAGAACCAAGGGGGGCAGAACCAAGGACAAGCAGUUCGAUGACCCGUGUCUGCUCAAAGCUGCGGCGGCGUUGGCGGCGGCCGGUGACGGCGGCGACAUCGGCGGCGAGUACAUCGACCCCUCGUCUCGCAAAGUGGCCAAAUACCGCGCGAAAUUCGACGCGCGCGUCACCGCCAAGUACGACCUCAAGGCGCUGAUCGGCCGCGGCAGCUUCAGCAGCGUGGUGCGCGCCGAGCACCGCUCCUCGAGGCAGCCCUACGCCAUCAAGCUCGUGGAGACGUCGGCCACGGAGGGCCGCGAGGCUUGCGCCUGCGAGCUGGCGGUGCUGCGCCGGGUUCGGCACCCGAACGUGGUGCAACUCAUCGAGGUGUUCGAGACGCCGACGCGCACCUACCUGGUGAUGGAGCUCGCCACGGGCGGGGAGCUCUUCGAUCGCAUCCUCGCGCGCGGCUCCUUCACCGAGCGCGACGCGGCGAGGGCCCUGUCCAUGCUGCUCGAGGGGGCGCGCUACCUGCACGCGCUGGGCAUCGCCCACCGCGACCUCAAGCCCGAGAACUUGCUCUACUAUCACCCGGGCGCGGACUCGCGCCUCUUCAUCACGGACUUCGGCCUCGCGGGCAACGUGCGAGCGGGGCAGGGCCACGGGCAGGGCCAGGGGCGAGGGCACGAGGAGAACGAGGACGGGCCGGAGUCGUGCGUGCGGACCGCGUGCGGGACGCCCGAGUACAUGCCACCCGAGGUGCUGAGUCGGCGCGGCGCGUUUACGCAGGCGGUGGACAUGUGGGCCAUCGGCGUGAUCUCCUACAUCCUGCUCAGCGGGACCAUGCCCUUCGAGGAGGAGACGAGGAGCCGCCUCUUCAGGGCCAUCCUGCGCGGCAAGUACAGCUACGUUGGCGAGGUGAGAGCGGAGGAGGCGAGGUCGGAGGGGGUGGAGUGGGGGGGGGGGGCACGCGGCGACUAG